AUGGAGUGGUUGUGGAGCACCACGGUGCUGUUGGUGCCCGCUGUGGUGGUCCUCACGGCGGGGUUCUUCUACCUGUACGGCCUGGUCCUGGGGCUGCUCUCCAAAACAUCUGUGAGGAACAAGGUGGUUCUGCUGAGUGAUGCGCUCACAGGUCUGGGGAAAGAGUGUGCAGGUCUGUUCCACCGCGGUGGAGCUCGUCUGGUGCUCUGUGGGAGAGACUGGGACCAACUGGAGGAGUUGUCUGAAGAACUGAGCCGUAACUCAGACCCUGCCGUGACGUUCCCGGUGAAGUUGGUUCUUCUGGACUUCGGGGACAUGGACUCUCUUCCUGAGGCCGUGGAGGAGAUCCUGGAGUGUUACGGCUGUUUGGACAUUCUGAUCCUCAACAGCUCCAUCAAGGUGAAGGCUCCAGCUCACAGCGUGUCUCUGGAGAUGGACAAACUGCUCAUGGACAACAACUACUUUGGCCCCGUCACUCUGACCAAAGCCGUGCUCCCGACCAUGAUCUCCAGAAGAACCGGACACAUUCUGCUCAUCAACAGCAUCCAGGCCAAGCUCCCGGUGCCCUUCCGCUCCACCUACGCGGCGUCGAAACACGCGGUGCAGGCGUUCUUCGACUGCGUCAGGGCCGAGGUGGAGGAAUACGGCAUCACUGUGAGCUCCAUCAACCACACCUUCAUCAGCCCCAACGCCACACCAGAGCAAGAGCGCCCCCUGUGGUCCUGGCUGUACUCCAGGAAGCCACUGGGGGUCACCGUGGACGAAGCUGCCACUGAGAUCGUGAAGACGCUGAACAACAGAAAAAGAGAGGUGCUGAUGGUGCCGUCUCUCCCCAAAAUGGCCGUCUACGCCAGAUCCUUUUUCCCAAACAUCUUCUUCGCCGUGAUCGCGGCCGGAGUCAAGGACGCCGCCUCCGACAAUCUGCAGUAGAUCUGUGUAAAGCAUUAAAGAGGGGGUAUUGUUCAGUUUCGUCCACCCCCUUCCUUUGCUCGCUCUGUUAAGUCACUCCCCCUUCAGAG